UAACAAGUAUCUAGUCUAUGAUUGACGGGUAGUAAGCUAGUGAAAACAAAUCAUCAUGCUGAAAACUUUAAUAUUUUCAAAAUCAAUUAGUUCCAAAUUUACGCAGCUUCUCAAUGUAAAUAAUGCAGCACUGCAACAAGUUAGAACAACUUUUGUAUUGAAAAGAUUAUAUCCAGUUGAGCUACAUAAGAAGAAUGAAAAGCCGAGGAAGUUGAGAGGAAAGCAUUACAAUUAUGUCAUGGUUGAGGACAGUAAUACAAAGAAGCAGCCAGAUGUUGAAGUUGUCUUGAAACAAUUCGUAAGUGGAAUUGGUAGAAAAGGAGAAGUUGUAAAAUUACGUCCAAAUUAUGCUUAUAAUCAUCUUCUGUUGACUGGAUUAGCUGAUUAUGUGACUCCAGAGAAUGUUGAAAAGUAUAAGCCAAAACUGGGCGAGGAUAAUGAGGAAGAGAAUCACAGUUCACAAUUUGCACAACGAACAGUAAACAUGCUUCAAAAUCGAGUGUUUGCAAUAGUUAUGAAUAAGGAACAACCAUGGGUCGUAGAACCGUGGCAUAUAAGAGCUUCAUUACGUAAAUGUGGGUAUUACAUCAAAUCAGACAGUUCCAUUGAGCUUCCUAAUGAAAAAAUCACUGGACCAGACAUGAUGAAACAAAAUAAGGAAUUCUACGUUACAGUCACAAUUAAUGGACUAGAAAAAGCUCGAGUUAAAUGCCGAAUUCAUCAUUGGAGUACUGAUCCUAGUGAUCGAUUGCCAUAUGUCUAUGAGCAUUGGCUGCAAUCAGCUGAGCCUAUUAUCCCAGAAGACACUCCCCGUGCUGAAUAGAAAUUGAUUAUUAUAAAUAUAAUGCGUUAGAUUUAAAAAUAAAGGAAAAUAAUGAGUUUAAA